AUGCAUCCAUCAAACCGUAGAAAACCUGGAAGACGAUAUAUUUUGGAUAUAGAAGCUUCACCUUAUUUAGAAGCAAGAAUUAGAAAUAUUUUGACAGAUGAGAGAAAAAAUUUACGUAGAUAUGUACAGAAAUCUGUCUAUUUUCAAGAAUCUUCUACAGAAAGAUUUUCUAAUAAUGAACAGUAUAAAUUGGAAGAAAUAAGUGAAUUGGAUAAAAUGAUUCAUAAACUUGAAGAAAUUCAAAAUCAUCUAUUAAGAUUAUUAGUAUCCAAAAAUAAACUUUAUACAGAAUUAAUAAAAUUAAAAGAUAUACAAACUAAAGAAUUAAACGAAAUUGAAACUACAAAUAAAUUACAAGAAUGUGAAUUAUUACAACCUAAUAAUAUAUUUAAGAAUAAAAUUAAUGAUAUUAUAACACAAAUUAUUUCACUUAGGAAUCAAGCAGAUAAUGUAAAUAAUUCUAAAGAAGAUCAUAUUUCUAUAUUAUGA